AUGCCUCUUCGACACAAGCGGAAAGGCGACAUCGAUCCAACCAAGUCUGAUUCCGAGGAUGAAACAUACGGCACAUCGGCCUCGAAACCGCUCAAGUCAAGAUCGUCUAAAGCCCACCAAAAUAGCGCUUCGCGAAAGAAGCGGCGUAGAAACUACAGCGGUGACGAUUCCGAUGACUCUGAUGUAAUUGAGGAGAGCGAGUUGAGUGGUGGGCUGUCUGCAGAAGAUGACAUUGAGGACGAAGCGCCAGAGAUCGGACCGAGUGGACGGCCAAGGCGAAAGGCGGCCAAGAAAAAGCCGGUAUACGAAGAGAGUGAUAGUGAAGAUCUUUCGGAAGGGAUACGUGAGACUAGGGUCGAAGAUGAGGAUGGCACACCAAAGAAGAAACGAGGCAAACCUUCACUGGUCAUAAAGCUCAGGACUACGCCUCGGCAAAAUGCUGCACAACCUAGAAGAAGCACUAGAGCUCGCAGCGGUAGCAUUGGAGCCUCGAGACCUACAUCAUCUCACAUGCAGACUUCAGCGACGCGGAAAAGUAGUCGAAUUGCGCAGGAUGAGACAGAAGCCGUUGUAGCUCUAACGAACUCGGGCCAUCACGUCGAUGUCGUACGUCCUGGAACGCGAAGCCCUCCAACAGUGAGGCCUACGAAAGGUGGCAAAGGUGUUAAAAAAAUGCCCGCCAGCAUCGUGUACGAAGAAGACGAAGAGAGCUCAACAAGGACGAAAGAGCAUUUCGAUACUGAUGAGCUCCAGGACGAGGGAAACCGACUCGAAGUCGCUGCCAGUCGAGAACAUCUAGAAGAAUUAGACAUAAUCCAAGCCGACAACGAAGUUGCUGUCAUUCCUGAGUCUGAAGACGAUGGCCCCCAGGAUGAAGAUGAUGAAGACCCAAUAAACAAACCUGGCCGGAACCUAAGGCGACGUGGAAGCAAGCGUAUAGCAAAUAGUGCCGAUGAAGCAGCAAGCCGUUCAGGUGGUCGAUCGACACGCCAUGCUGUACGAUCAACCCUUGGUAAGCGCAAAACUCGAAGUUCUCAGAGAAGCGGUCAGCAAGAAAGCAGUGACUUUGAGCCCGGAGUCGAGGAAGGCGGUGAAGAAGAUGUCUCAGAUUCAGAAGCUUUGUCUGGCUCUCCACGUAAGGCUAGUAGGCAGCAUGACGAAGAUGACAGUACUCCUGCUCGGAGAGGUCCGAAACGUCGAAAGAUCAAUCCUCGCAGUCAACGAGUUUCCGACGAGCACGAUAGCGAAGUUGCCGAAGAGCUCGCAGAGGAGUUGGAUGAAUUACGAGGAAGCCGUUCUCGUCGAGCUGCCAGAACGGCGGGCAUCCUCUACGACGAAAAACCCAAGACACGGCAGCGAAAGCCUGUAGAUUAUCGUAUUCUGCGGCCGGACCUUGCUUUAACGUUAGACGAUGAUGGGGAACCAUCGGCAACAACUCCAUCUCGAAGAGGACGUGGUGGCGCAGGCGGAACUUGGCAGAGAAGUCUUUUCUCGACGUACGGCCCGUUUGGUGGCGCAGGCGGUCCCCCUCCAGUAUUCGGUGGUCCAGGAGGCAUUGGCGCUGUCGCUGGUGCGGAUUCUGACAGCAGCGAUGACGAGAUCGCGCAGCGUUCACGACCCGCUGGUAUUGGAGGAGCUGUUGGCAUGACGCCGACUACCGCACACCCCGCCGGCCCGAGCCUUUUUCCUCCGCCUCCUGGUCAACUGCACGGUGCUGAUCCUCUCCAAGGGCCUUCUGGAACUCCUGCGAACCUCGGGAAGGUUAAGGAAAAACAAGCUCUCGCGGAUGCGGAUCCUCUGGGAGUCGAUCAGAAUGUAAAUUUCGAUGCCGUUGGUGGUCUGCAAGGCCACGUAGACCAGCUAAAGGAGAUGGUCGCUCUACCUCUGCUCUACCCGGAGGUCUUUCAACGGUUCCACGUGACGCCGCCUCGAGGUGUGCUGUUCCAUGGACCACCCGGAACUGGUAAAACAUUGUUAGCAAGAGCCCUUGCCAACAGUGUCAGCUCACAAGGACGAAAAGUAACUUUCUAUAUGCGUAAAGGCGCAGAUGCUUUGAGCAAAUGGGUAGGUGAGGCAGAACGUCAGCUUAGACUCUUGUUUGAAGAAGCACGCAAAAACCAGCCAAGUAUCAUCUUCUUCGACGAGAUUGACGGCCUUGCACCUGUUAGAUCUAGCAAGCAGGAACAAAUUCAUGCUUCCAUAGUUUCGACACUGCUGGCCCUUAUGGAUGGUAUGGAUGGUCGAGGCCAAGUCAUUGUCAUUGGAGCCACCAAUCGCCCCGAUUCAAUUGAUCCUGCCCUCCGUCGACCCGGUCGAUUCGACAGGGAAUUCUAUUUCCCUUUGCCAAACACGGAAGCCCGACGAAGCAUAAUCGACAUCCAUACAAAAGGCUGGGAUCCUCCGUUGACUUCUACUUUCAAGAAUGAAAUUGCAAAACUGACCAAGGGAUACGGCGGAGCUGAUCUUCGUGCACUAUGUACAGAAGCAGCUCUGAACGCAGUGCAAAGAAGGUAUCCGCAGAUAUACAAAUCCAACGAGAAACUCCAAAUCAGGCCAGAGACGAUCAACGUCGCAGCCAAAGAUUUCAUGAUUUCUGUGAAAAAGAUGGUCCCAUCAUCCGAAAGAUCCGCGUCGUCUGGCGCGGCACCUUUGCCAGAGCAGAUCGAGCCUCUGCUACGAGAUCCACUUGCCGAUAUUGAGAGUCUAGUGGCUGAUAUUCUACCCCAGAAAAAGCGGUUAACGGCCCUUCAAGAAGCCGAAUUUGAAGAUGCAGAAGACGAUCGAGGCAUGGUGGUGGAACGCAUGCAGCAAGAAUUCGAGCGGUCUCGUGUUUUUCGGCCAAGGCUGCUUAUCAAAGGCGCACCUGGCAUGGGACAACAGUACCUUGCUGGAGCUCUGUUGAACCACUUCGAAGGCCUGCACGUGCAAUCAUUUGACCUUCCCACGCUUUUGAGCGACUCGACAAGGUCACCGGAAGCUACCGUAGUGCAGCUUUUCACCGAAGUCCGACGACAUAAGCCAAGCGUUAUCUAUAUUCCAAACGUGGACACCUGGUACGGAACAGUGGGGAAGCCCGUCAUCUCGACAUUUCUUAGUCUCCUACGGACGUUGGCCCCCACAGACCCAAUCUUACUUCUCGGAAUCGUAGAGUGUGAUGAGCGGGACAUUGAUCGGGAAAUGAUCAAGGAUCUGUUUUACUUUUCGAGAAAAAAUCAAUAUGAUAUCCCGAGACCAUUAAUGCCAUCCCGCCACGAAUACUUCAAUGCUGUCAUAGAUCAACUCAACGCCUCUCCAGCUGAUUUUCCAGAGCCUGCGAAUCGGAAGAAGAGGAGGUUCGAAGUCCUUAUGCCCGUCCCCCCUGAACCACCCAAGGAGCCGCCAGCUCCUACCAAAGCAGAGCAAAAGGCGCAGAAGAAAAAGGAUAGGCUACAUCUCAACCUGUUGAAACUCCGUAUACAGCCAAUUAUGGACCAGAUCAAACUAAGGUACAAGAAGUUUAGGACUGGGGUGAUUGAUGAAACCCAAAUAAGAUACUUGUAUGAGGAGGAAGACCCAAACAUUAUCACCACAGACUUACCGCCAGAGGAGCGGCAACCAGACCCAUCGCGGCCCUUUGAGAAAGCCACAGAUGAUCACGGCGAGCCCGGACUGAUCAAUGAAGCAUCAGGCAAAUUUUUUUACAAUAUGGAGAUAGUCACCAUUGAAAAGCGUUUGUCGAACGGUUACUACAAGAGGCCUAAAGACUUUGCGUCAGACAUUAAGAAGUUAGCCAAAGACGCCAAGGCAAUCGACGAUCAGGACCGGCUCAUCAAGGCAAAUGAGCUCCAGGCUAAUGUCGAGGUGGACAUGGAGAAUAUUGCAGUACAAGAACCAUGGCUAGCAGCCGAGCUCGAAAACGUAUACGUCCGAGAGACCAAGCGAGAACGAGAAAUGGUGGAAAAGGCUAAGCGACUCGCUGCGGUAGAAGGGCGGGAGUUGGCUAUCAUUCCAUCAAACGUGCCGCCGGGUGAUAUUGGGGCAUCGGCGACGGAGCAUUCAGUUGGUCCAAUUGUGCUUGGACAGCCCCUCAUAAACGGUCUAACAACCCAUCAUCCGACAACACCCUCUAAUCCAUCGCAGCCUAGUACGCUUACGAACGGCUUGUCUGCCGGACUCUCAGAUCUUAGCAAUCUCCACGGACAUCAUCAGAGUAACGGUACUUCCGUACCUUCUCGCGGCGAGGGCAAUAUUCAUACAUCUCCUAGUGAUGAUGCACCAUCUACCGAAAGAGAGACUCAGGGCAGCUCGUUCGGACCUUCUGCUCAAACUCGCCCUCUGGGUUCCUAUACUGGGGGCCCUGCUUCUAUUGACCAGCGAAGAUCAAUACCCGGAAGCCUCUCUCAGAAGAGUCUGAUUACGCCCUUAGCUGAAGGCUCAAAUUUGGCCGACUAUACAAAUUAUGCAUCAACCACCUCGUCAGAUAAGAGGAAUACGGGAUCGUCUGCCGACAAGAACACCCAAAGCACAACAGGCAAGAUUGAGGGACCAGAUUUCUCCGCUUUCCCCGACACAGCGGAAGCGAACUCUCAGCUUCCUGACACUCGAGGUAACACUCAAGCUUCCCAAUCAUCUGCCCUCCCCAACAGCAACCCUAGCGAUCCUUCUAGCUCCCAAGGUCAGCUUUCUCAACCGGAGCGCUUGUCACAAACGCCGGCGGUGCCAUUGUUUCAUCGCGAUAGAACCGACAUCAAUUCCAUUCUCAACGACCCCGUUCCUGGUGCCUCUAGAGCCCUCGCUACUCUUCAACCCCAACUGAUAAUUGACCAAGCGCUCAGCGCCAAUCUGCUUCACAAUGUUGUUGCCCAGACAAGUGGCUGCAGUAUUGAACAACUGGAGCAAGUCUAUUCGGCAUUGAUGAAUGAAAUCUGGAGGACCAGAGGGGAAUGGGACAGGGGGAAAGUGGCCCUUCAGUUGAAUAGAGUCUUUGCGGAUGUUAUGGCGGACAUCCACUCAUGUCAGGGAUUGGCCGCAGGGAGCAUGGAAAUCGAAAGCUGA